AUUAUAGCAAUGAAAUUGAUUUUAAGGUAACAACUGACGAUGCGUCAUCGAACUCAUCGGAUGCCGAAGGACAAGACGCUGAGAAUGAAGCUGAUGAAGGCGAGGUUACAGAUGCACAGAAGAAGGUCGCUGAAGCAGCUGGUCUUACUGAUGGUGACAAAGGUAGCAAACAGUCACGCUCCGAAAAGAAAGCUCGUAAGCUGUUCAGUAAGCUCGGCCUUAAACCAGUUCAUGGUGUAUCACGAGUUUGUAUUCGCAAAUCCAAGAACAUCCUCUUCGUUAUCAACAAACCUGACGUUUACAAAAGCCCCGGCUCAGACACUUACAUUGUUUUCGGUGAAGCUAAGAUCGAAGAUUUGAGUGAGCAUGCUCGUUUCGCAGCUGCCGAGCGUCUGAAGCCAUCCGAUGCACCAUUGGGUGGUCAGAGUGAUGAAAGCGAUCAAGAGGGCGAGAUCGAUGCCACUGGUAUUGAGGAGAAGGAUAUCGAAUUGGUAUGCUCUCAAGCGAACGUGACCCGUAACAGGGCUAUAAAAGCGCUGAAGAAAGCAGAUAACGAUAUUGUGAAUGCAAUCAUGGAGUUGACAAUGUGA